AUGACCCUUCCUGAUCUUCUUACGGCUUGGGCCGGGGAUUCUCUCUCAAGCCUUUAUGAAUUUGGGCAGCAUGGUAGGCAGAAACGUAGUAUAGUGAUCGUGACGAUUAUCAGGAAUGAACGGUUGAUGAAAGUAGCAAGGAGGCCCGCAGUGCAAGUCAUGAAGCUACACACAGUGCACCAAUACCCCAAGACAGCGAGAAGGAAGGUGCAGUCCUCUGUCGAGGAUGCGCUUCCUCAUCUGGCCGGUCUACCUGCAGUAUCGCUCGAUCUGGACUUGACCUUGCUGUUUGUCUUUGGCCUCACAUGGCCGCUGCUCCGCUUCUGCCAUUUUGACCUUGGUCGGACUGCACUGAACCCCGCCAACCACAAGGAUUUAAUCCCAGAUCGACACCACAUUCGCAAGCCUCUGUCCAACGGUACCUGUUUACGGGAGGGAUACUAUAUGGACCCGUUCAACCCUCAUAUCGAUGGCCUUCCUGGCUUCUCGAGUACGAUGAUGCGUCCGAAGAUGGACCCUUACAAAGUCGAUGAAGGCUAUUCGGAGGACACGAGAAGUCAGGAUGGGUCUGAGUCGUCAAUGAAGCUCGACAUAAGAGACCAUAGCAGCACUACGAUGCGAACUCAGCCUCCGGUAGAGGCACACUUCGCGGACUUCAUCCGUGGUCUCGGAGAGCAUGAAAGGAGCGGUAUGGACGGCUCAGGUGUCCUUAGAUGUGUCGCCUAUGACCUGCUGAGGGGACUCAGAGCUUCCUCAAUUGCCACCGUCUUCGAUCGCUUGUGGCCAUUAUUCCACAAAGACCCACUUGAAGUGUUCCCGACCGAGAUCAUGUCUCUGGUUCUAUCCUGGCUAGAGCCUCACGACCUUAUGAACGUCUCGCUUGUCUCCCGAGCUUGGAGAGAUCGCGUGACUGACGGUGGUCUGUGGAAAGAAAAAUUUAGUGUAGAGGGCUGGGGUCUUGAUACCAGAGAAAUCGAACGGUUCGAGAAUAAGUGCCGAGAUCAACAAGGACAACUUAGCGCGGAUCAGACAGAUCGUAGCCUAUAUCAAAGCUACUGGAGACCGCCCAGGUCUGAAGCUUCCCGAUCUCCAGCUCGGCCUAAUUCUUCGGAAAUGCACAAUCACCUAAUGCAAGCUAUUGCUGACCAACAGUGUGCUGGCCGUGGCGCUGAUACAGAUGUGGAGAUGACAGACGUCAAAUCUGAAAAGACCAGUAUCACGCGCGAAGAACACGUCUGGGCCUGGCCCGCCUCGCCAUCAUCUCAAAGAUUCUCGCCAACAAAUACAAAGUCCGAGCCAAGCAACUCUCGACGAACGUCUCUGAAGCCACCUCUACUCAUGUCGGUUGGGGCAGGUCAAUCGCGGUUUAAUUAUCAGUACAUCUUUAAACAGAAAAAAAGACUUGAGGAUAAUUGGGACAAAGGACGUUAUAAGAAUUUCCAGCUUCCUCAUCGUGAUUUUCCUCAAGAGGCACAUGAGGAGUGCGUAUAUACAAUCCAGUAUCAGGGAAAUUAUCUUGUUAGCGGGAGUCGCGACCGAACACUCCGAAUAUGGGAUCUCUCGAAAGGACGUCUCUGGCGAAGCCCUUUGAGAGGUCAUACGGGAUCCGUCCUUUGCUUACAAUUUGAUAGCCGACCAGAGGAGGAUAUCAUUGUCUCUGGCAGUAGUGAUACGAAUGUCAUUCUUUGGCGUUUCUCUACUGGUACAGUGCUGAAGAAAAUAGUCAAAGCGCAUGAAGAGUCAGUGCUAAACCUCCGGUUUGAUCAUCGAUUUCUGGUCACUUGUUCAAAGGACAAAACAAUUAAAAUCUGGAAUAGGCACGAGCUGCGGCCUGGAGAUCCCGAUUAUCCAGUGAAAGGGGUCGCGGACGGCGGCGCCUGUCCUGCGUAUAUUAUUGAUGCACAAAAUGUUGGCACCUCGAUUCGCUAUCAACCAAGUACGCCCGAGCACUUGACGGUACUAGAGCCUUAUAUGCAUCUUAUGACUCUCAAUUUACAUGGCGCCGCUGUAAAUGCCAUCCAAAUAUACAAAGAUCAAUUAGUAUCUGCUUCAGGUGAUCGCCACCUGAGAGUCUGGAACAUUCAUACAGGAGAAUGUCAUUCACGAAUUCAGGCCCAUGAGAAAGGCAUUGCCUGCGUUCAGUACGAUGGCAAGAGAAUAGUCAGUGGCAGUAGUGACAACUCAAUACGCAUUUGGGAUCCUGCUACUCGGACUGAGGUCGCCCGGUUGGAAGGGCAUGAACGACUUGUCAGAACACUACAGGCAGCGUUUGCUGACGUACCCGGGGGCCGCGAAGGCUUAGAAGCCGAAGCAGCAGAAGUAGACCGACUAUGGCACGUUGCGAGAGAAAAUGGAGAAGAUCUCAAGCCAAAUCGUCCAGGGCGACCCGCGCGUCCAGGCUCGCGAAGGCCUCGCGAUCUGAGGACGCUAGGCGCGAAGAUACCUCCAAGUGGUGGAGGAAGCCGCUGGGCCCGUAUCAUAUCUGGCUCGUAUGACGAAAAGGUAAUCAUCUGGAAAAAGAACGCCGAUGACGAGUGGGUGAUGAGUCACCAACUUGCCCAAGAGGAGGCCCUUACCGCCGCUGGACCUCCGUUGUUCAACCGGGUGCAUGUCAAUUCUCCUCCUCGAAACGUUCCACGUGGCCCUCCGCCAAUUCCCUUAGCGAGACCAAAUACACCCGAUCUUUCUCUCAUCGACCAGUCAUUAGAUCAUCCUGCAGCGGAUAACCGUUCCAUGCCUCCGCGGUCCGAUCAACAACCUCCAAGUCCACGCCCCGACGCUUCCGUCACCGACCACAUCCCUCAUGAUCUCCCUGACUCCCAACAGAGCCAUGAGACCGCUCUUAUCUAUCCACCGAACAACUCACAAAGACAGUCGACUGCUGGGCCUUCUAGUGGUGUACAAAUUCCACCUUCACCGACCUUACCACCACCAUCAUAUUUGACUCAAGCUUUGCCUGCACCAGCAGGACGCCCUAGCGUACCUGCUUCCUCGUCUAAUCCUCAGCAAGUUCCGGCCGUUCCAAGUCAAACAGCUGCUCCGCCUCGACCGCCGCCUGGGCCUCCCCAGAAUGGUGCUCCCCCUGUCGGCCAGCCGAACGCAAGGGUUUUCAAACUGCAAUUUGAUGCCAGAAGGAUUGUGUGUUGCUCGCAGGACAACAAAAUUGUGGGUUGGGACUUUGCGAACGGCGAUGAGAAUAUUAUGGCUGCCAGUAGAUUUUUUGCCGAUUUACAAUAG